AUGGGUUUGUUUGAAAGCAGUCACGAGUCGUGGUUCCCCAAACACCUAGUUAUCCAUGCAGAGAAUGAAACAAAGUCGUUUGCAGGGCUGUCCCCAUUUCUUGUGGCUAAGACACUUGAACAAGUGGUUUGGAAGUCUUACAACGCAAGGAAACCGAACACCGGAGACUUACAAGUCGAAGUGGGAACUAGGCAACAAAGUACAUCACUCUGUUCACUAAAGACCAUUGGAGAAACCCCAGUUUCUGUCACAGUACAUCGCAGCUUAAACACAGUGAAAGGGGGCAUAUCCGCCAGUGAGUUGCUACCACGUUCUGACUCUGAGAUGACGGACGGCUUAAAGGACCAUGGGGUAUUCGACGCAAGGAGGAUCAUCAUACGAAGAGAAGGAAAAGAAAUACCUACACCACAUGUCGUUCUCACCUUUGAACUCUAUAAGUUGCCUUCCAGUACCAAGGCAGGUUAUGUCAGCUGCCCAGUACGCCCGUACGUCCCCAACCCGAGACGCUGCUUUAAGUGUCAACGGUUUGGGCAUGGUUCGCAGGUCUGUCGUGGACAGGCUGUCUGCCCAAAAUGUGCAGAGACAAAUCACACGUCUGAUUCGUGCCAAAAUGCCUUAAAGUGUGCAAACUGUCAGGGUGGGCAUGCAGUCUACUCCAGGUCGUGCCCACGUUGGCAAGAGGAGAAGCAAAUCUUGAAAGUAAAGGCAGAACAAAAGAUAACAUACAGGGCGGCAAAGGCACAGGUUGAAUUUCAAAGAAAAAGUACUUUCUCUGAAGUGGUGCGCAGGGGGGUAGCACCACUCAGAGUUUCAGUGGAGACUCAGACGUCUGAGCCUCCACCCCACACCCCCCAACACGAAACGCAGGACACGGAAGUGUCCCUUAAAAGUUCCCUAGCUUGCCAGAUGAGCAGCCAGGAGACGGCCUCAGCUUCCUGUGAAGCUGACGGCAUGCAGUCUAUUUGGGGCGGGGCCACACAGGCCUCGUGUCAAGGUACAGAACAAAACAAGGAGGUGGAGGACGAUGAAUCUCUGUCACAGAAGUCGUCGUCCAGCCAGCCAGGUGUUUCCUCUCUUGGAAACGAACAAAGAGAAAAAACGGCUAGCAGAGGUAGGGGAAAGAAAGUAAAAGAGACACCGAAAAUGCCUCCACCGAGAAUUACUCCUCCCUAA